AAAACCUUGAUAAUGGCCCCACUGCCGAAUGCUGAAUUAGUUCAGAACUCUUUGCAGCUCUAUCGGUACCUGCUUCGGUGCUGCAAGCAACUUCCCGAAGAAAAUAUUCGUCAGCAUUACAGACAUGCAGUCAGGCAGAGUUUCAAAGUUCAUGCUGACGAAGACAAUCCCGAGCGAAUCCAGCAGAUUAUUAAGAGAGCCAUUGAAGAUGCUGACUGGGUCAUGAAUAAAUAUAAAAAGCAGAAGUAGAAGAAGAAUGAUGAAGACAAGAAUGCCAUUGGUAAACAUCCUUAGAGGACUUGCAGUCAA